AAAAAGAUAACUGAUCAGCAGGUAGGUAUUUUGACUAAUUUAAACCGAAUAACAAUGAUUUUCAAAAAUGUUAUUUAAAUAGCAAUCAAAAUAAUGACUCAGCAAAAAUAAGAAUGAUAGAACCGGUGAAAACUAGAGAUAUCUUCGGAACACUUAUCCGUGGCUACCACUGAUAACAGCUGAGUAUAAAUAACGAGCAAAAUAUUAUUAUCUUCAUAUUAUGUAAAACCACUAACGAAUUAGCAAGUGUUUGUUGUGAUUUUUGUAAUAACUCGUAACAGUGAAGACACAAUGUUAUUCCUACCAUUAAGUCUUAUAGCAGUGGGCUUACUACUGGCUUGGUACCUAAUAGGAAAGCGCAAUGAGGGCUACUGGAAAAAGCGUGGUGUAAAGUUCUAUAGCAAAAAUAAAGUGGCUGGACCAUUCUGGGAUUUCCUAACAUCACAACGUGCAUUUUUUGAAAUCUUGGGCGAUCUAUACGAAAAAUACAGACAAGAACCAGCUAUCGGUAUUGGUCAAUUUUUAACUCCGACACUGUUUGUCAUCGAUCCGAAGAAUGUGCAGCAAGUAUUAUCAGGUGACUUCCAGUCUUUUCACCACAGAGGCAUUGAAAGUAUUGAAGGGGACCAAUUGAGUGAUAACAUUAUUAUGAUGAAUGGUCCAAGAUGGAAGCUGAUGCGACAGAAUAUGACUCCAUUGUUUACGGCAAACAAAUUGAAGAACAUGUAUUAUAUCAUGGAUAAAAGCGCCCAAGACUUCGUGCAGUACUUGAAAGACAAUCCAAAGACCCAUGCUGGUAAUUUAUUUGAAACUCUUAUGAUGUUCUGUAAUGCUGCAGUUUGUGGAGCUAUCUUCGGCAUUGGAUCAGAGUCAAUCUUCGACACACCUUUCCUGAAGGUUGCCAAAAGCUUGUCACAAUCCAAUCUUAGUAUCAGGUUAAAAUUCAUAUUAGUCAAUCUCAGCCCAAAGUUGUUUAACCUAUUAGGAUUAAAAGUUUUCAACGAGUACGAAGAUUUCUUUAUUGGCUCAAUAAGUAAAGUGAUGAAAUCUAGAGAACAAGAAAAAGUAAAGAGACACGACUUUGCUGAAAUUGCUUUAGCUAUACAGAAGAACGGUACCAUGAGAGACCGUACAACAGGAUACGAGAUAGAGCCUACGACGGGUAUACUCUCUGCACAGGCAUUGUUCUUCUUCACUGCUGGUGUAGAGCCUUGUGCUAAUGCGAUCUUUUCAACAUUAAUUCUUUUAGGCAGUCACCCAGAUGUACUUGAAAGAGUUCAUCAAGAAAUUGACGAACAUUUUGAAAAGCACAGCAAUAACAUAACUUACGAUGUUAUUUGUGAUAUGAAAUACAUAGAUAUGGUGCUGAGCGAAGCAAUGAGAGUAUUCCCUCCAAUUGGUCACUUGACUAGACAAUGUGUUCAAAACACAGUUCUGCCUGUUGGUAACAUCCCAGUAGAAAAAGGGACAAAAAUGUUCACCCCAAUUUAUGCUAUUCAUCACGACCCAGAAUUGUAUCCAGAUCCAGAAGUCUUCGACCCGGAGAGAUUCUCUAAGGAUAGGAGGCCCAGAGAUGACAUUUAUAUGCCAUUUGGUAUGGGCAACAGGACAUGCAUCGGUGAGAGGUAUGCCAAAUUACAAGUGCAGGCUGGUUUAGUUCAUGUCUUGCGAAACUUCACUGUUAAACCGCAGACACAUCAAAAAGUAAUAUUUGCUCAUGAUCCACUUAAUGUGAGACCAAGAAAUAUCGAUGUGCAAAUCAUUCCGAGAAACAUUUAAAAGGUUUCUUGGAUAUGUUGAGGAUUUUAAUUUUAUUAUUUUAAAUUCUUAUGGUUGACUUCGCCUGGUGUUGUAUAUCUAGAGGAGGAAACAAUAAGCUUUCUUUUACUGGAACACUAUAUGAGACUGUUGCGUGAUAUGAUCAUGAAAAAACAUCGUGACAUAUAAAAAAAUAUAAUUCUUCACCUGCCAUGUCUUUAUUGUGAUUAAUUAGACACUCAAGUUGUCUAACUAAAGGAAGACAUGUUGUAUGUUGAAGAUGGUUGGCAUGAUAAAGGGCCAAUGAAGGCGCAAUAGUAAUACUGACAGGGCAUAGCUUCAACACAAUCAUGCGCGAGCGGUGCACGUCAUUAGUGAACAGGGUGCGGGGCAGCCGCAAUAGUAUCCUGAGCGCCUUUGCUGAACGUUUUGACUGUCAGUACAUGAACCACUGUUGUAUGGUUCAUGUACUGGCUAAUGUGAAAUUAUUGUUUUGAGUUGGGAGAUUAUUUUAGUGAUGACUGACUUGUGAUUGUGAUUUUUAAUAUGUGAUUGUGACUUUUAUAUUGUAUUAUGGUUUGUUAUGUGUAAUAGAUGCGUAAUUAAUGAUCUAUAUAAUUGAUUGAAAUAAAUGGUAAUAAUAAUAAUAGUACAAAUGGUUUAGUGUGAUCAAUAUGAUAAUCAAUUUACAUGUUUGUUUUUUAUAAAAUUGUUAUCGAUUUAGUUUAUUUGUAAAUACUGAUAAAAAUUUAGACUUAAGU